AUGAUUAAACCGUUUUUUUUGUUUCCCAUAAUUUUUUUUGUAUUUUUUUUUAAGGAUGUUAAUGACGAUCAAGAAAUCUUAAAUUCGAAAAUCAGAGAAGUUUCACUCCUGAGGGCUGAAGGUGGUAAGAGCCUUAAGUCUAGUCUUUCUUUGCUUUCACUUGAAGAUUCAAUUUUAAUGGAUUUAGAGAAAGCACAAUCUUUUCUACCAGCUAGUUGGUUUACUAAAGUGCUAGGAACCGAGCCAAGUGGAUUUCUUUUAUCUGUUGGAAUUAAAAGCGAUUUAACCAGCCCGCUUUCUUGCAACAAUAGUAUGUUAGAAAAAACAUUGAAAGAAUUAAAAAAAUCCCUUCAAGAAUUGAUUCUUGUUCAUGCCCAAAUACAACACUAUGAAGAACAUAGUGCAUCCGGAAAAUACUUGACAAGUUCCUUCAAUGAUUAUCUCGCCGAAAAAAGAGAAACAUUUUCAAAACUAAAGAACAAAAUUGAAUCAAUUUUAGAGAAAGCAAUCCAGUGUAUAAUGUUAAUAAACCUUGAAAAAUACUCCAAAAAAAAAUUUGCUCAAAACACAAUAAAUUGCAACUCUUCCACUCUUCUUCUUUUCUCAUCUUUGCAAAAAUUAUCUGAAGAUGUUUUAAAAGUUUUAAUUAAACUGGUACAAAAAUUUAAAGGCAAAUACAAAAGUUCUACCAAGAUUAAAACUGCAUCUUUUGAUCACUCGACUUUAAGUGCUGCUGCUGAAAAAGCAAAACUUUUGGCCACUGUACAAAAGGUUAAAACUAAAGAAUGUAGACAUCAUAAAAAAAAAUGUAAAAUGUACCUUGUUCAUUCAUUCGCGGAUAUUAAUAUCCAAAUAUAG